CUGAGAGCAGGUGCGGCACUCUCUUUGUGAAUGGCGUGGGGAAUGGUCAUGUGAUGCAGCGGCAGUCACCGAUUCCAGAACAUAAUAUCGCCGUUUGCUGAAAUGGUGUCAGGUUUUUGCUGGUGAAGAAAAAGAGGAGGAGGAAUAUAAGCUGCAGCAGAAGCUAACGUGGCCUCUGAGAGAUGCUCUGGGUGAAACCAAUGAAGGGAAGACAGGGGGAUGAAUAAGAAUAUUGAGCAAGAUAAAGACACGUGUAUAGCCCAAAUAUUGGUUUGACCUCAUUUUUUGUAAGACUCUUACCCGAGUACGGAGACAUGGACUCCUCUUGUGGCCUCACAGACAACAGAACCUCUCCUCCCAACUCCUUAAAUGUGAGCCCACCUGGAGGUGGCGCUGGCGUGGCGUCCUCGCGUCGUACACGGCGUACCCUGGUUGCCCCGGAGAUGAAUCUGUCCUUGGAUAAAAGCGAGGGGUCUCUGCUGUCGGAUGACUUUCUGGACACGCCCGACGACCUGGACAUCAACGUGGACGACAUGGAUACGCCAGAUGAGACGGACUCGCUGGAGUUCAUCACCAAUGGCAAUGACCUGGAGUGGGAAGAUGACACUCCAGUGGCCUCAGCCAAAGCAGGUUCGACUGGUGGUACAGGAGACUUAGACGAGGAGGGAAACCCCAACAAUGGACGCCUGUGGAGGACGGUGAUCAUCGGAGAACAAGAGCACAGAAUCGACAUGCAGAUCAUCCGACCGUACCAAAAAGUCAUCACCCAUGGAGGUUAUUUUGGGGAGGGCCUGAAUGCUAUCAUCGUAUUCUCUGCAUGCUACCUGCCUGACAGCAGCAUCCCAGAAUACCAUUACAUCAUGGAGAACCUCUUCCUGUACGUUGUGAGCAGUCUGGAGAUGCUGGUAGCUGAAGACUACCUGAUCAUCUACAUGAACGGAGCCACACCCAGGAGUAAAAUGCCUGGAAUUAGCUGGCUCAAGAAAUGCUACCAGAUGAUUGACAGAAGGUUGAGGAAGAAUUUGAAGUCUCUGGUUAUUGCUCAUCCUACUUGGUUCAUACGCACUGUACUGGCAAUAUCCAGGCCCUUUAUCAGUGUGAAGUUCAUGAAUAAGAUCCAGUAUGUUCACAGCCUGGAUGAACUGGCCCUAAUGGUCCCUAUGGAGCACGUACAUGUCCCAGAAUGUGUUUUACAGUUUGACGAAGAGAGGAUUAAAGCCCGCAGAGAAAGAAUGGAACAAGAGCAAAAGCAGCAGGUCGAGCAAAAGGAACCGGUCAACAAAAAGUCAGAGAGGCCAAAGUCAAUGAUUGUAGAGCAAGGAUUAUAAAAAGGGAAGACUUCGCCGAUUAAAUAGUGAGCAUCAAUCUAUUCACGGAAACCUCAAGGACGACACGCGCUUCUUUGUGGACUCAUCAUUUUUUGAUCCCCGAUACAGCGGCAAGUGGAACAUCACUUUUUUUCCCCCUCUCUUUUGAUGAGAGGGUUCAUUCACGAAUUGAACAUUUGUGCAAAGGAGUUUGUUGUUCCAUGGACUUUACGCUUGCACUUUAAUGUAGGAACAAAUGAAGGAAUGUUUCUCAUCCCGAAGCUAUUUUUGAUGUAAAUACUGCACUAGAAUGUUUUUGAUUUGGCUCCAUGCUGUUAUAUCAUAAAGCCUUUUCAAGCUUUUUAGUUUGUCAUUGUCCAUUAUGCACCAACAAGGUUGUUCUCUCUGAUCUCCAUCUAUACUUCAACCAUGUGCCUCUGUCUCUUGAGUUUAAAAAUGCAGAAAUAUGAGAACUAUUUGCACAUGCUCAUAUCAAAUUACUGCAUUCCUAUUUUGUAAUUAUUUCCUCCUUUUUGGCUUCAAAUAACGACGUAGAAUGACACUCGGGCAAAGCAAUUUUGUUUUGAAUAAUCUUGCUAAGAUAUAAACAGAUAUCACUGAAAAGCGAAUAAUCUUAAUUUGAAGACAUGAAUGAAUUAGUGAUUCCUUUCUUCUUUAUAGCAUGUUUAUCAUACAAUAAGAUUAAAUGUAAAAUAUAUGAUUAGUUUAGGUAUCACUUAGUUUUGCUGUAUUUUGCAUACUGUCCAAUUUGCACUACUUUUCAAAGCUACGUACACGUUUUGCACGGUUUUAUUUUUCUAAACAAACUAAAAGAUCCUCUUGCUAGAGAUUCUAAGAGGAAUGCACAUGCACAAAAAGUAGACUUCAUCAAUUAAAUUUCAACCUGUUCAACAUAAUUGUAUUUUGUCAGAUCAACAUCGAGUUUUUUUUCUCCUUUUUCAAACAUCUCAUUUUAUGUCGAGGCGUUGUUUUCUUUUUGCUCUCCGUCUCUCUUGUCUUCCAUUGAUGCGAUAGUUAUGCUAGCGGGACAUUAUUUUUCUAUGAAUGCCGCGUUACUGCUUCAUCACUUUCAAACAUUUGGAAUUGUGACUUUUUAUUUUUAUUUUGUUGAGUGCCUGAUCUUGAACUCAUUGAUAAAAAUAACAAAAUAUGACAAUUAGUCACAUAGACUUCUCAUAUGUAGCAAACCUCUCUGGCGUGUAGACAAACAUGAAUUUUCCAAAAUGAUUUUCCUUUUGACCAUAAAAGCACAAUAUACAGACAGACACUGGCUAUUUUAUUUUAUUUUUUUUGUAUCUUGAUUGCAAUAUGUGUUGUUUUUUGUUGUUUUUAGUUGAAUAAAUACGUACGUCUGCUUUGUGAAUAGAACUGAAUAAAUAGUCCCUCCCUAAAAUCAA